CAGCCACUGGCGGGGAACACGGCGCGAUGCCCCUUCAGUGCCAGCAGAGCCCGGUGCUGGCGGGCAGUGCCGCAUUAGCCGCCCUGGGGGCACUGCUACUAUACUUGGGAGAGCCCUCCGGCUAUGGGAAGUACACAGGGAACCCAAUGCCCAGGGAUCCCCGUCUGCCCGCCCGCACCGCUUGGUUCCUGCAGGAGCUGCCCUCCUUCGUGGUACCGGCGGGGAUCCUCGUCGGGCAGCCCCGUGCUCUCUUUGGCCCGCCUGAGACUGUGCUUCUGAGCCUCUUCUGCGCACAUUACUUCCACAGGACAUUUGUUUACUCAUUCCUCACUAGAGGGAGGCCUUUUCCAGUUGUGUUACUUCUCAAAGGCUUUGUCUUCUGCAUGGGAAACGGACUCCUGCAAGGCUACUAUCUGACUUACUGCGCUGAAUACCCUGCUGAGUGGUACACAGACAUACGAUUUAGCCUGGGCAUCUUCUUAUUUAUUUUGGGAAUGGGAAUCAACAUUCAUAGUGACUAUAUACUGCGCCACCUCAGGAAGCCUGGAGAAAUCGCCUAUAAGAUUCCACAAGGUGGCUUGUUCACAUAUGUUUCUGGAGCCAAUUUCCUUGGUGAGAUCAUUGAAUGGAUUGGCUUUGCUCUGGCUAGUUGGUCCCUCCCAGCACUUGCAUUCGCAUUUUUCUCAUUUUGUUUCCUCGGGCUGCGAGCUUUUCACCAUCACAGGUUCUACCUCAAGAUCUUUGAGGACUACCCCAAAUCUCGGAAAGCCCUCAUUCCAUUCAUCUUUUAAAGAAACAAGCAAAAACAAAAAAGAACAAAGCUCCCACGAUACUGUAAAAUCAUCAAGUUGCUUAAACUGUAACACUUAAAUUUCCAACAUAUACAUACAUACAUACAUAUAUAUGUAUAUAAUAUUAAUAGUAGGCCUCUUGCCGUCUGACAGCUGGCCUGGAGAGUCUGCAUGGUACCCACUUUAGGAUGAACGCUCACCCUCCCAGGGUUCUCUAUUCUGAUCUCCUGUUGAAUCUUCAACAAGGCCCUUAGCUAUUCUUCCUAGAAAGUGCAAAGCUUCCUUGUGUAUUUUUUCUUUGUGUGAUCCAAGUACAUGUGGCUUUAUUCCAUGUUCUCUAUCCAUGUAAGACAGCUGUGUAGUCAAGAAAGUUUGAGGAUGAAGGCAGUGUUCAUAGAAUUUAUUCAAGAUACACAUUUUACACCUAUACAAAUUAGCAGAGAUUUGAAUUCUGAAGCUGCACAGCCCCAGAGAAAAUCUACUGCCAAAUGAAACCCAGUCACACCUUCAUUUUCUUUAGUUAAUGAUGAGAGAUGUGAAAUGCUUAGGUAAACUUUCAACAAAGCCCUCUCUUCAGAUAGCUGUAAUGUAGCCAUCCACUGAUCCCAUUUUAAAUGUGUGCAUUGUCUUCAUGCCUCUGUCUUACUGAAGAUUUCUUCAUCCCUGUCAGAGAAAUCAGCCUGACUCAGAAAACUAGUGUGUUUUAUUGAAGGUCAGGCUUUAAUGACCAUGAAGAAAAAGACUUGACAGACGAUGGCUACUGAAAGAGUAAAAAAGUGUUUCCAAGUAGCUACUGCAAACUCUCAUAUCCUUGGAAAAUGCUGGAAAUCUCCAAAUCAUGAGCGAGUGUCCAAUAAGGAAAUUUCUGAGUAAGAUCAGAGGCUGCUUGCCUCAACACUGACUGUGAAGCAUAUCAGAGGCACCCAGCAACUUUUCCCUUCUGGAAUUUCUUCAUCACAGUCCUCAGGAACUGAUCAAGAAGAUGUGUCUUGAGCAUGAGUGCGCAAAGGUCCGAAGGGCAGAGGCUGAAAGCUGCAACCGGAGCCAGGAAUCUGGGCAGAAAAACCUGUUUUAUUUGGCUUAGACAGUGUUUCACACAUAGUUGGGUUUUCUUUUCGUUACAGUCCAAGUUUCCAAAACUUAAAAAUGAGGAAGUUUCUACAUUCUAGUUUUCUUUUAAAAAUUGGAGGACCUGGGCCCACGGAGCCUGCUAAGAAGUGGGACUGAUUGUUCAGUUCGCAUUAGAAUUUGCAACCUUUGUGGAGGGAUUACACUAGCAUGGGUGCUGAGACAUUGAGGUCUAGAAGGAAAGGGCUGAAAACUCAUCAUCAGAAGGGAUGAAGAUAUUUGUCUUCCUCUGGCCUAGGCCAAUAGCAAACAUUGGUAAUAAUAUUUAGUUAGCAAGCUCUUUUGAGAAAUGAGCACUGGUUUUUAUCAGAUGUGG